AAAAAGAGAAUACGAAGAAAAAGGGAUUGGUCUGGCAGCAACACGAAAAUCGGAAAAAUGAGAUAUCAAUUUUAUCGUCAUUAAAAAUUGCCUAAAGAAAGGUAUAAACAUUAUUGAAUUCGCGAACAAGUGAUUUGUGCAAAAGAUAGAAGACUAGUAGAAAAUAUCUUACCGUAAUAGAAGUGAAUUCUUGUUGCCUGGUGACAAAUAGGCGAGCUUGCAGGGCUAUGUUCUGGCCGGAAAAUUUUCGAUCAUCAGCAUCAUUAGUCGGCACGAAGAAGCUCGAGAAGUGAACAAGUGAAUAUUCCAAUGUUUUUUUUAUUCCUCCCAAACGCUAGUGCUGACAAUUGGUUCUGGCUCUCGCCACUAAGUUCCGUUUUCCGGAUACUGUUUAUAAAGCAACCGGACCCGAUUUGUUGAUCCCAGUAUAAGGACGCCCUAUUUGUAUUCGAAACUUUAAGCCGAAACAAAUAUGACCGAGUACAAACUGGUAGUCGUCGGUGCUGGAGGUGUUGGAAAGUCAGCCCUAACGAUACAGCUCAUACAGAACCAUUUUGUAGACGAAUACGAUCCCACGAUCGAAGAUUCCUACCGGAAACAGGUUGUAAUUGAUGGCGAGACUUGCUUACUGGACAUUCUGGACACGGCAGGCCAAGAAGAAUACUCAGCCAUGCGAGAUCAGUACAUGCGAACCGGCGAAGGCUUCCUACUCGUUUUCGCGGUAAACAGUGCCAAAAGUUUCGAAGAUAUUGGAACAUAUAGAGAGCAAAUAAAACGCGUGAAAGACGCCGAGGAAGUUCCCAUGGUUUUGGUCGGUAACAAAUGCGAUCUCCAGGCAUGGGCUGUUGAUAUGAAUCAGGCGAGAGAUGUGGCUAAACAAUACGGUGUACCGUUUGUCGAAACGUCCGCUAAAACCAGAAUGGGAGUAGACGACGCCUUUUACACACUUGUUCGCGAAAUCCGCAAGGAUAAGGAGAGAGGGAAAAAGAACCGGAAGCAUAAUAAGCUUGGCUCGACUCGUCGAUUUAAAUGUCGGCUAUUGUAAUUGCUUGUUUUUCAUGAAUGCAAAUCGUGUGCUGCCCCUCUCCAUUAAUUUCUACACAAAGGAACAUAAGGGAGUUUGUGAUCCCUUUUAUGAUCGCACAAAUCAACAUUCAAACUGUGUUGUUACCGUCUCGUUUAAUCGAUCAGCAAGAAAGAAUAUAAUCAUUCAAGGUACCGUAAACCGGGCUGUAGUUGAUCAGUGAACAUGAAUGAUAGGUAUAAAUAACGUACAUUGUCGACCAGAAACAAAUUCUCUCACAAAAACUACCGUCAAGUCCAACCUAGUGCUAUGCAGUCAGAAACAAACCAUUUCGGGUUUAUCUAUCUUCUGAUCACAAAUUAACUAAUGAAUAUCAACUACAUUGGCCUACUACAGCCCGGUUGAGUAUGGAUAUUAACAACUAAACCAGCAUUAACCAUCAUUCUACAUUAUCUGUCACAAACUUCACGAAAAAGUGUUGCAUGUGAAUGGACUAAGAAGGCAAAGAAGCAGAUCAAAAUAAGAUAGUAACCGAUAGCUUUAGAAAGGUAAAAUCCAUGAUAACCGUUACGCAAUGUAUUUCUAAGUUAUUUUACUCAAUGAUUAUACGUCAUUUCUCGGAAUACCAUUUCCCGGAAAACCUUUCCCCGGAAUAUACCACAUGCUUCGGAAAACCGUUUCACUGUAUAGCAUUUACGGGAAAGUGAAUGUGGUCACAACCACUGCUAUACUGCCUAUGAUCGCAAAUCAGUCCCAUAAAGAUAGGAAAUCCUAUAAAUUAUGCGAUUAUGAAUAGUAUAAGAUUUAGCCAUAUUUCCAAAGAACUGUUCACGUUCAACAGAAAGCAAAAUUCAAGACAAAAUCUCAUAGAACGUCGCUUCAAAACAAGUUUAAAGAGUAUUGGUUGGGGUUUUAUGUGUUUCCGGAAAAUGGUAUUCAAGAAAAAAGUUUUCCGAGGAUGGUACUUUCCGCAAAAUAGUUCUCCAGGAUCAAGUAUUCCGGAAAAUGACACAAGCUACUCAAUGAUUAUUCGGUAUUUUAUUCGGUAGUUACAAACAGGAUUUUAUUUGUUCACAAGUGCAUAAGAUGUUUUCAAGGAAUACAUGAUUACUAUGUGUAGUUCAAGGACGGUUUCCAUUUGUGAAAUAUUAAAACCUACAACCAUG